UGCACUGCAUCCAGUAGAAAGCCGAAAAGUUUAAGAUUGUUCAAUGUUGAGGUAUAAUGUUGUGCUAGCUAGCUUGGGGUUAGCAAGCUCAGCAAGUUUGCUAGUACAGUUGUCCUGCCCGCUGGGCUGGUUGAUGAGACUGAUGAUGAAAAUGAUAGCGAUAGUGAGACACAAAUGAAGAGCACAGGGUCAAGGAUAUCACCUGGAACUGGUCCAUUACAGUUUUGUGUGGGCUGCCAGAAAGUUUGGUGUGUACUAAAAGAGAGCUGAGACUUUGCAAGCAUGGAUGUGGUGUCACCAGAAGUCAACAGCCUCCUUCCUGAUGAGAUCAUGGAUACUGAGGCCAUGGGGGACCUCCCUCACUCCCAACCCGACGGCACCACGGUCCAGUCAGAGCCCAGCGAUGACACCCCGGUCCCAAUGGAAACGGAUACACCCAUGGCUUCUGAAAAUUUGAGCCUCUGUUCAAAUGCCAUUUCAACAGAUCACAUACAGGCUCUCGCCACCUCCAUGGCCUCAGGCUCCACACUUAGCAUCAGCUCCGGAAGUCAGCUUCCAAUCUCAAUUUCCAGUACACCGGCAUCCCUUCUUAACCUUAAACCAGCCAUGGCUCCUUCCAUAGCCACUACUAAAACUACAGAUAGUUUGACUGGGACUAGUAUCUCUACAAGUGGCUUACAGAAGCUCACAGCUCCGUUUACCAUCUCUGCUGCAAACCACCAGAUCAUUCUCAACAAGGUGGCCUCAGAAGCAGCAAAGUCUGCUGGUACUGGACCCCAGGUCAUCAAGCAGGAGGGACAAAAACUUUUGGUUACAGCGAUAGGAAAGUCGGGGCAGCCUAUAGUGUUGCAGUUACCCCACACAUGCAACAAGCCUGGCAUUUCACAGACUUUAGGAGACCCCAAAUCUCAAGCGCCGCAGUUUAAAGUGGUGACUAUUGGUGGGAGAUCGGAGCUGAAGCCAGUAAUGGGGAGUGUUGGCAACCAUUUGACCACAUUACAGGCCCAGCAGCUGAAGACCGUACAGAUUGCUAAGAAAAACCCAACAUCCUCAGCUGCACCAAUCAAGUUUAUCAUCACAAAAACUGUAAACAGCAAAGGUUUAAGUCCUCAGACAUCAGUAACUCCUGUUAUUGCAGGACGAGUCCUGACGCAGAAUUCCCCAGGGAUGCCCCAGAGGACCAUCACUCUCUCUGAGCCCCACAACACUAAUAUACAUAGUAUCACCGGCAAAAAGAUUGCUAUUUCACCCCUUAAGUCUCCCAGCAAGGUGACUGUGGUUUCGGUGGCUUCUCCGAACUCCAACGCCUCUCAGAAGUCGGUGUCGCUGCCUGUCAAUGUAGCACUUGGACAGCAGAUCCUCACAGUCCAACAGUCCACAUCUGCAUCUCCAGUCAAGAUGGCCACCUGCCAAAACACGACACAGAAUAUUAAAUCAGUGCAGUCUGUGGCCGUGGGAGGCGUCGGCUCCCAGUUCAAGACCAUCAUCCCACUGUCCACCCAGCCGAAUGUGCAGCAGAUUCAAGUUCCAGGUAGCAGGUUCCACUACGUCCGCCUCGUCACAGCCACCACCACAAGCAGCACGGGUCAGCCCAGUGGUCCCAGCACCAGCUCUAUACAGACAGCUAAACCCAUGGUGGUCAGUACAGGAGCAGUCAGGAUGUCUGUCCCGAUCGUCCCGGCACAGACCAUCAAACAGAUGGCACAGAAGCCCUUAACAUCAGCAACGGUAGUAACCACCACUCAGACCCAGCAACGCCUGAUCAUGCCUGCAACUCCGCUGCCCCAGAUCCAGCCCAACUUCACCAACCUCCCUCCAGGCACCGUUCUGGCACCAGCCCCAGGGGGCGGGAACAUGGGCUAUGCAGUCGUGCCAGCACAAUAUGUUACGCAGCUCCAGCAGACUCCAUUUGUGACCCUCGCCAGCAGCUCUGGUUAUCCUGCGUCCACUGGCAUCCAGACUCAGGCCAGAUUGCCACUAAAUGGCUUGUCAACAGCAGAAUCGACCUCAAGACCGAGGAAACCAUGUAACUGCACCAAGUCACAGUGUCUCAAACUAUACUGUGACUGCUUUGCAAAUGGAGAGUUCUGCAAUAAUUGUAACUGCAAUAACUGCUUCAAUAACCUGGAACAUGAAACGGAACGUCUCAAAGCUAUAAAGACAUGUCUGGACCGGAACCCAGAAGCCUUUAAACCUAAAAUUGGUAAAGGCAAAGAGGGAGAGUCGGACCGUCGACACAGCAAAGGCUGCAACUGCAAACGAUCGGGCUGCCUGAAGAACUACUGCGAGUGCUACGAGGCGAAGAUCAUGUGCUCGUCCAUUUGUAAGUGCAUCGGCUGCAAGAACUUUGAGGAGAGCCCCGAGAGGAAGACCCUGAUGCACCUGGCCGACGCAGCGGAAGUGAGGGUUCAGCAGCAGACCGCAGCGAAGACCAAGCUGUCGUCACAGAUCUCAGACCUGCUCAUGCGCACGACACCUGUUAUGUCGAGUGGAAGCGGGAGGCUGCCAUUUACGUUUGUAACAAAGGAGGUGCUCGAAGCGACGUGCGAGUGUCUGCUGGAACAGGCCAAAAAGGCAGAACAGAAUCAUCAGCCUCAGGUGGAAGCAGAGCGGAUGAUCCUGGAGGAGUUCGGACACUGCCUCAUGAGGAUAAUCAGCUCCGCGGGGAAAGCCAAAGUAGACUGUGCCUCCAUCAACUGCUAGGCCGAGCGCUCUGACUCUCUCCACCCUCUUAGCCUGAACCCAGCUGUGGGGCCGAGAGGCACGGAUUACUCUACUCUCUCGGACCCCUGGGGUUUCUCUCCUGCAGGGAAACGGGUCGUCUCCCUCCAUCAAAAGGCAGAACAAUGACCUGAACGUAGAUGCCCCUGCCUUGGGCAAACUUAAGGCCAGCUGGAAUAAUAAACAUAGAACAGAUGUUUGCAACCUGAAGGACAAAAUGGACAGAGCACACCGUCUCUGAUGGACCUUCAAAGCUGUUCUCACACUUGUUCACCUGGCAGUGAAGGACAGAAAUGACUCUGAGCAAGAUAGUGCUCACCCUGGAUUACGUGUUUUUUAAACUUUAUUUUCCCUACAGGGCCCCAUCAAAUGUGUUUUUUUGUUUCCUACAAACCUUUUGUUCUUCCAUUUUAUUCUGUUUUCUUUUUACUCUAUCCCCUUUUCAAAAAAGAAAUGCCUGUAAUUUUAAUGUAAUCAUUUGUGCUUACAGUAGACAAACAGAACAUGUAUCCUUUGAUAUUUAUUUUGACAAGUAUUUGUAAUCUUUGCGAGCGCUAAUAUCGUGUGACUUAUAGUGCUGCAAACUGUUAAUUAUUAUUAUUAUUAUUAACCAAGGCUAGGCUAAAUUGUGUCAAUGAAAAAUAAGUAGAGGCAAUCUUAGGUUUUAUUCCUACAGGCCGAUGUAAUAUGAAUACACACACAUAAAUUAAUGCAUUAUGCACACGUACACAGCAUUGUGCUCACUGUAGUUGGAACAUGGCUAGAUUGACGGAGGUACACGUUUCUUCUGGCUGCAGUUUUCUGUUUUAUCAGUCAAAUGCUUACUGAACAUUAAAAAACCAUGGCUGGAAAAAACAAUUGCGACGUAUUCGACUUGUUAAAUGUUGUUCCUGACUAGAGGCCAACUGGUGAAUGUAACUCGUGGAGACCUGAUACGUCUGAGGCUAGUCUGAGGUCACAGGGGCGCAAAUGAGAAAACAAGGGGACGUGAUAAGAUUCUAUUUUGAGUAAUUAAGAACAUUAAUGGCUGAAUUUCAUUUCAUUAUUUGACAUGUUCUUCUGUACCCGUCAGAACUACUUUUCAAACAGUCAACCCCUUUUAAUGAUUUCUGUUUUCAUUCUGAUGAUUUCAGUUAAUUUUUUAAACCGACGUUCACAUUGUGAUUGGUCGGCUGUUUGUAUGCCGGUGAGAAGCGUUUGAACUCUUUAACGCCGUCUCUCAACUAUUUCAUGUGAACAAUAGAGUGUAUGGCUAUGAAUGCCUUCCAGGAGAGACUGUCCCAAGACGUGCCCCGUUGUUCCCAUAUUUAGACAAUAUCGCCUCCCCCAGCUCUAUUAUUAUAAUAAUUAUAAUAAUAAGCUUUAUUCAUAUAGCACCUUUCAUACAAGAGUUGCAGCCCAAAGUGCUUUACAGCUAAAAGCAUAGUACAAAAUUAUACAGAGCAUUUGAGCCCGCCUUCCAGUGUGGCAGUUCAAAACGUACUACAAACUAAUUAUUUAAUUAUUAUUAUUUAAUAACAGGAAAGACUUGUUAUUGCUCUUCUCACAGGUUUAAAGUGGGCGACGCUCAGUGAGGUUUUGACUGUUAAACUCUUAUUUAGUAAUGAUUAUUUCCUUAUUUAAUACUUAAAUACCCUGAAAAUGUGGCUUCAUUUAUUCAGUAUUUCUCUUAACAUUAUGACUACAAAAGCAACAACGUAAAAACAAUCAUCUUUAAUUUUAAGCCAAAGAUAUUUUAGUCGAUCAACAGAAAAUUAAUUGGCAACUAUUUUUAUAAUUGAUCAAUUGUUUGGUAUCUCCUUGGUAAAAGCUUCUUAAAUGUGAUGUAUGUGCAGCUUUUUUUAUUUUUGAUCAUAUUUGGUUGUAAACUGAAUAUUUCUGAGUUUGGGACUGACUUUUAUUUAAACACCAGAUCACACUGCAGAAUCACCAUGUCAUUUUUAGGCUUUAUGAUGUCUCCAUUUUGUUUUAGUUUUAUGUUUCUGAUUUCAAACCAUACAAUCUGUUUUCGGUAGACUUAUUGGGAGAGAAAAAACUGGUUAUGACUACUCUAGAUCAGGUCAAAAUGUGAAAAUAAAGGAUUAUUCAAUGUA